GAAGAAGAAGAUAGGGUCCCUCUGAAGGAGGAACGACGAGUCUCUUUUCUCGCGAAGGGCACUUCAUUAAAAAAAGGCCAAAACGAAGAACGGAGAAUAGGGAAACAUGGAAAUCAUCGAUCACGCCUACACGAGCACCACUUAUGACACGUUCAGCCCCGUGGAGUUCACAUAUAAAAUGAGUGCAAAUGAAGUCGAAGACUUUGUGAAGCUGAGGGUUUCAAAUACUUACCUCUUCUCAGGAAGGAGAAACACUUCCAUGUGGGCAUGGAGAGCCAUCCUGAAACAUAUGGGCUUGCAGCACAAGAUGACCCACAGUCAAGCAUCCAAAAAAUGGGAAAACAUGAAGAAGAGAUACAAGGGGCUAAAGAACCCGUCAGACGGAAUGAAAGUGUUCCCUGACGCGUGGCCUUAUUUCAAUCUGAUGGACGAUGCCAUGGAGGGUCGGCUGGAAGGCAACGCCCCCAUCCUCAAGGCCUUCCCCACCAACGGCGAUUUCCCACCCAUCUCCAAACACAAGAGGAGGAAGGUAUCCAUGGCGACUGACUCCCCUCCGGCUUUCUUAGCAGGCGGACCAGAGAUCGAGGUUUCCCUGAACGGAGAUGAGGACGAGGAAGUGGCGGAGGAGACAAGCCGGGAGAUAGAUCGCGCCAUGCAAGAGAUGGAGCAUGGGAGGGACAUGUUGGACGGCGAAAGACAGGUGAUGGAGAGGGAGAAGCGGGUGAUGGAGAGGGAGAAACAGGUGGUUGAGAGGGAGCGGCAGGUGCUGCAGAGGGAGAGAGCGGCGCUGGACAGGGAUGUCGCCGCUCUGGACCGAGACAGAGCCUCGCUGGAGAGGGAGAGGGCGACGAUGGAGAGGGAGAAGGCGGUGAUGGAGAGGGAGAGGGCGCUGGUGGAGAAGGACAGAGACGUCGUGAGCAGGGACCGGCUGGCUCUGGAGCGAGAGAAAGCCCAGCUGGACAGACUUUCCACGACCAGUGAAAGGACUGAGGAGGUCACGGAGGACGGCAGCAGCGCAAAAGACUCGGUCGUCACAGACAGGAAGGAGCAGUUCCUCAACUUGUUCGAAAAACUCAUUGAAAACUUUUGACUUGAGCAUUUUUUCCCACCUUGGCUGCGUCAAUCCAAAAUGCACAGAUUUCAAGGCGUCAAUGAAAACUUUGAGCCACUCCGAGUUUGGAGAGGUCUUAACAACAAUUUUAUUCACUUGUGGUUAUUCCAUACAGAGCACACAAUAGCAAGAUAUUAGCAUUAUUCUUAACCCCAUCCACAAUCAAAAAUCAACAACACCCCCCCACCCCCCUCCCAAAUCAAACAAUAGUCUUUUUUUGAGCGACUCUAGACAUUAGAGUCUUUGGUGUCGGCUAUUAUGCGAAGUUAAAACAUCACUUUUUGAAAUGUAAAAUACCAAAUAUUGCAGUUCAUGUAAAAAAAAUCUUUUCAGAAUAUAUAUUUUUAUAUUACAGUACAGACUUUACAACAAAUUAUUGUGUUUAAAUGCUUCUUUUAUUGCAUUAGAUAAUCAAUUUAUCUUCCAUUGAGCUCCAGCUUCAAUAAGUUUAUGCUAGUAUACAUUUCCAAAAGUGUUACGAUUUGUCAUUAAUAUUAAUAAUAUUAUCUUUUAUUUUUACAAAACAAAAACAUUUAAACAAUAUUACUGGUUGUAUUUAAUUUUUUUUUUGCCAGUCAUGAACAGACACUAAACAGACACAUACAUGGCAUUUGAGGAUUUAUAUAAUAAACUGAUUUCUCCGAA